AUGGCUACUACCUGUGAGGAAUACAAUGUUUUUGCGCGACUGACCACCAUGAUGGUGGGAGUUGGCACCACCAACAAAAUGCCAUAUACUCGCCCCUUUGAAUUGCCGGCAUUGAAAUUGCAGCUCAGUUGCGACCCUUUCGCAACGAAUGCAGAUGACGUUCGAAGACUAGCACUUUUCGAAAGACUUACAGAUUAUAUGAUCAAGGAUAAAGUGUUGUUGCCAUGGCCCAGAGCCAGAACGGCUCCAAGUGCACAGUAUCUACUCCACCCCAGCUGUAAAGACAGACACUGGAGUAUAUCUACCCCGAACAAUCAGCUUGUCCAGAACUCUGGGUGGUAUAUAGAUUUGCUCUGCAAGCAGGCUCUUAGCGAAGCUACUAAGGAGGUUAUGAGGAAACUUGAAGCAUUCCUAGACCGAGAAGCAGUCACAGAAGUGAUUUCAGAGGCCGUGGAAGAUCCGUCAAAAGCAACCACAUUGCACCCUGCUCCGCCUCAACUCGCAGGAACCAAGCGUCGCCGAUCUAAUAGCACGGCGAGUAGUUUUUCGAGCGGCUCGGAGCCUUCAAGCCCAAUUGCAAUACUCCCAACAUCAAGCUUCAGUGGCCCUAGCAGCAAAAUUCGAAAACUGGAGAUACAAUCAGCGCCCCCUGAGCCAGUGAUAAUCAAACGAACUCCGGCCCCUGUUGAGGCUCAGCAAAUUAAAAGAAGAGAUGAACAUAAUAUUGUUUCAGAUGCUCUGAAAGAAUUGAAGACACAAUAUCCCGAUGAUGAAUUCGAAACUCAUGUCGACAUUCUCGAGACAAGGAGUAAGAAAGGAGUUUUGCACUGGGUUAUGCAACAUGUGUUCACUGGCAAACAUCUCGAGAGCGUCUACGGCAGAAUACGCAAAACUGGUAAAAUAUUUAGAAAGACUCCGGAGCACUUAUCUAGAAUGUUACGACUUGAAGAGCAACCUAGCGGCCGACGCAUUUGGCAUGAUAUUGAGCGUUACGAUCACAGUGCAACAGCACUGCAACCAUUAGACAGUGUGCUGAACGUUGAUGGAGUUACGUUGAAAACUACUAGAUCCGUUCCAAAAAAUGCGAAAAUUGAUUGGACACGAAAUUACCAACAACCCCAAGGUUUCACACUCAUUAGAGGACAAACUAUGGCUGGCCAAGCAAAACCAACUUCUCUAUUUGAACCCGCUUCGUCAACAGUGGAUGGAGCUAUCUUGGACUUUGCAAGCAAAACCGAAUUCCCGAAGUUGGACCACUCACAAAAAGCGAUUGACAAUGUGGCCGGAAGAUUUGCAGCUGCUCGCACACUUACUCCGCCAACUUCAAGUCCUGUAUCGGAAAGUUCUAAUUCAAUGGCCUCUUCGUCUGCGAAAUUGACAGAAAAGGCUUCGAAACACAAUAGCAAACUUAAGCAGAAAACCGACUCGAGGCCCUCCGAUGCUCGAAUUUCAGAUGUAAAGGACAUCUACGGCAAUAGUUGGACUUACCGCGAUUCAGAAAUAUCCUCUCUCCGACAUGAGAUCCAAGAGCUCCAAUCCCAAGCCGCCCAAAGUAGGAAAUCGAAGCACUCAGCCGAUGAAACCGCAAGAAUGCUAGGCGACAUGUUCGAUACGAACGAUAUCCAGAGAAAAGCCAUCGAACACCUGAGAAUCGACACCACUAAACGGAUGCGUGAACUCGAAGAAACUGUUACGAGACAAAGCAAGAGGAUUGCGAAGCUCAAAGCUGAGAGGAGGCAGGAUCACUUAGCGCAGCAAGAGAUUAAAAAGACCAUGAAUGCGAAGUUUGAAGCUAUGGCAAAGGAGAAUAAGAAGACGCUGGAUGCUUUGAAGAGCGCGACGGCGUUGAUGAAGGAGUCGCAGGAGACGAGUCGGAAGUUGAACGGGCAGAUUCAGAAUUUGCUGCAAAAGGCCGGGGUGGAGCGGCCCAGAAGGAUUAAGAAUGAGCCUCGUGAUUUUUAG